AUGGCGCCUAUAGCUGAAACUGCAGCAAAAAACUUGAAGAAACUCCGGUACCUUUCUGUGGUAUCUAAGGUAUGUAUCGAACUCGAAUCUCAAUUAGGAGGAGGUGGUUAUAUUGACAAUAAAACAUUAUCUCUGUAUAUUGCUGAUAUUGGUAUGAAGUCUAAUAAUGUCAAUGAAUUCAAACUGAAACUGAAAGAGAAUCCUGAUGUUAUUCAUAUGCCUGAUUUUUUUCUGGAUCAACUUUUUAGUUUCAUCCAUUACAAAGAUGGCGAAGAAUUUAUUGAAACAAGUAAUUUAGUUGGUCAUAAAGAUGAGGUUAGGAGGGGGAACGAAGAGGUGGGAUUUGGUAAAACAACUCAACUUACACAGUAUCUAGCCGAAGCAGGUGAUUACACCACUAGAGGUAAAAUUGUGUGUACUCAACCUCGAAGAGUUGAAACAUUGGCGGCAGCUGAAAGAGUAGCCAAAGAAUUUGGUUCUACUUUGGGUGAGAAAGUGGGAUACACGGUUAAAUUUUAUGAUUGCACCGGAUCAGAUACUAUAAUCCAAUACAUGACUCAUGGAGUUCUUCUCAGGGAGUUUCUUGGUGAUGAAAACCUUUCUCAGUAUUCUGUCAUCAUUGUGGAUGAUGCUCAUGGGAGAACACUUGUUAGCGACACAAUCUGUUGUUUGCUCAAGCAACUCAUCCUGCGAAGACCUGGCCUGCAAUGUAUCAUAACAUCCCAAAUUAGAGAAGAAGCAGAUAUUUUAGCGAAAUAUUUCUUAGCGAAUGUGUUCCGCCAUGAACCAACAGUACCAUUUAGGGUUCUUGAUGAGUAUGCGUUAGAACCAGUAAGCGAUUAUCUAGACAGUUCAUUGACUAAAGUUUUACAGAUCCAUCUAACCAAACCAGAGGGUGAUAUUCUAGUCUUCUUGACGGAUCAAGAAGAUGUCAAUCGCGCUUUUAAGUCUUUACACGAGAGAAUGCGAGGGCUAAGAAACCAUACUCUACUUGAGCUACUAAUCGUGCCUGUGUACGAUGUUCCUGUUCCUAGUGAGAUGCAGACAAUGGUUUAUGGUAGACCUCCUACUGGGUUUAGAAAGGUUAUUCUGGCACCUAGUACUGCCGAGGCUUCUUUAGCCAUCGAAAAUGUACUUUACAUUGUCGAUUCUGGAGUACAGAAGCAAUUUAGGUACGACGAAGCAGAGGGUAUUGAUUCUUUAAUAAUUGUACGCACUUCAGUAGCCUCAGAAAAUGUCCGACGUAAGCUUGCAGGUCGAUCAAGACAUGAUGGUAUCUGUUAUCGAAUGUAUCCCUUCAGUGAAGUAAUGCUGGCUCGUUCUUUACCUGAAAUCACAAGGAUGAAUCUUGGGUUUGCUACACUUGUAAUGAAAGUUAUGGGCAUAAAAGAUGUCUACAAUAUCCCAGAUCCUCUAUUCCCCCAUGCUAUAGAACUGGCGAUGAAAGAACUGGCUGAUGUUCAAGCUUUAGAUGAACAGGGGAACGCGACCAAGAUUGGGAAAAAAAUGGCAGAACUCCUAUUAGAUCAUCCAUCAUCUAAAACAUUCUUCACUAAUUUCUUCGCAGAUGAAUGA